AUGCUCCUCUUAAGUGCAAUCGCCACCCUAGCGCUGCACGGCGCACUGUGCCUUGCCCGUCCCGCCCCGGCGGAAACCCAGAAUGAUUGUGCACCGGUUCAUAUCAUGAGCGCACGUGGCAGCAACCAGCCGCCGGGCGAAGGACCAACUCUCGCUCCGCUCGUGGACGCUAUCGUAGCCGAUCACCCAGGCAGUACACGCGAGCCGAUCGUCUGGCCCGCACUUAUAUUCCCCUACGCUGAAAGCUCUCACAACGGGACCUUGGCCGUGACCGCCCAGCUUACUGCGUACGUGGAGCGAUGCCCUAAAUCGAAGAUCGUGCUGCUGGGCUUCUCCCAGGGCUCCCAUGUGAUCGGAGACAGCCUCUGCGGUGGAGGAGGCCUGCCCGGGAUCGGUCCCAUCACCGACCCCAUCUCAACGACUAUCGGAGACCACGUAUCCGCCAUCGUUUGGCUCGGCGACCCGCGUCACCGAGGGAAUGAUACAUACAAUAGGGGCACCUCUGUGAGAGACGGGUCACAGUCCUGCGAACACUACGCAGCUAACCUGCAGUCAUACUGCGACACGCGGGAUAUCUUUUGCGACAGUGGAGACAGCCUCCAUGUGCAUCGUGGAUAUAUCCCCAAGUACCUCGAGGCCGCGAAGCAAUUUGUCAACGAGAGGUUGAGGUAA